AAGCUAAAAACAAGUGAAAAGCUUCUCUUUAAAGCAUUCUCUCUGCAUCUACACUCUGCAGCUCCAACUGGCCGGUAUUUCUGCUUUUUGUGGUGCAGCUGUGAGGAGAGGGAGCCCUAAAAUCACUGAUGUGCUGCUGCAGGUCGAAUCCCUGGUGUCACCAGAAUAGCCUUUCUGGCACGUGUGAGCCACUGGAUCUCUCUCUUCCCUAAAAUAACCUCCACUUGCUCCUGCCAGGCUUUGGGGACUUGCUCCUGGGACUGUUUUCUUUUCCCCCCCUUUUUCCAGGGCAGGGGGUUUAAAUUUCCACAGGCCCCCUCCAAUGUCUGGUUGCUCAGCAGUGAGAUAUCAACCAAAAUCCUGCCUGUAAGAGGACAGGGCAGGGCCUGACCCCUCCCCCUGGAAAUGAGGGGUAUUUUGGUGGUGUUGCUUGCAGCUGAGUUCCUCUUGGGGUGGAAAGGGUGGAUGUGAUGGACACAGGUUUGAUGUGGCACCAAAGUGCCCCCCACACAUCCCUUUACACCUUAAAGGAAAGGAAUUGCACGAGGAUCCUGGAAAUGCUCUUCCCUUGGGAGCUUGGAGAGGGGUUUCCUGCUGGAAACAGCCCUGGGAGCGUGUCAGUCCUUCCUGUGCUUUCACUACCUGGAUAUUCCUUAUUUUUGACGCUUUUCCUUGGUUUUUAUUCCCCAUGUAGGAGCCAGAACUCUUCUGCCCCCUUGGAAGCGCGACUGGUAAUGGGUAAUGGUGUGAGAGAGGGUCCAGUGGAAUUCCCAAAGGAUGUGGAGCCAGUCACAGCAGCCCAUCUCCCAGCAGAGGACAACCAGGAGAAGAAGAAAGUGCUCAACUCCCUGAUGUCUGGUGCACUGGCUGGUGCUGUUGCUAAAACUGCAGUGGCUCCCCUGGAUAGGACAAAAAUCAUGUUCCAAGUGUCUUCAAAAAGAUUUUCUGCCAAGGAGGCUUACAGGCUCAUCUACCGCACCUACCUCAACGAGGGCUUCUGGAGCCUCUGGAGAGGGAACUCGGCCACCAUGGUCCGCGUGGUCCCCUACGCCGCCAUCCAGUUCUGCGCCCACGAGGAGUACAAGCAGCUCCUGGGGAGCUACUACGGCUUCCAGGGAAAGGCCCUGACCCCCUUCCCUCGGUUCAUUGCCGGCUCCCUGGCGGGCACCACGGCUGCCAUGGUCACCUACCCCCUGGACAUGGUCCGUGCCCGCAUGGCUGUCACGCCCAAGGAGAUGUACAGCAGCAUUGUCCACGUCUUCAUCCGGAUAUCCCGGGAGGAAGGGCUGAAAACCUUGUACAGGGGGUUCACCCCCACCAUCCUGGGGGUGAUCCCCUACGCUGGGCUCAGCUUCUUCACCUACGAGACGCUGAAGAAAGUCCAUGCAGAUCACAGCGGGAAGGCCCAGCCCUCCCCUCCGGAGAGGCUGCUCUUCGGGGCCUGUGCGGGGCUCAUCGGGCAGUCGGCCUCCUACCCGCUGGACGUGGUGCGGCGGCGGAUGCAGACGGCCGGGGUGCUGGGCCACACCUACAGCUCCAUCCUGCUCACCAUGCGGGACAUCGUCAGGGAGGAGGGACUCGUCCGGGGCUUGUACAAAGGCCUCAGCAUGAACUGGGUCAAAGGGCCCAUCGCGGUGGGAAUCAGCUUCACCACCUUUGACCUGACGCAGAUCCUGCUCCGCAAGCUGCAGCACGGCGAGGGCGAGGAGAGGUAGUGCUCGAACCCCCUCAGCCCCUGGCCAGGGGAAAAGUCCCAGACUGUGUAGAAAGAGCCCUCGCCUCGCCCAUGCCCUCCCGCAGCUCCAGAACUCGCCUGCCUUGGUUUGGGUUUCCUGUUGUUCCUGGAUUUUUUUUUU